CAUACAAAGGCACUUCAACAGUCAAAUCAGUAAGGAACGGCAAACUACUGCACACUACAAAGAACAACACAUCCUUGUUAAGAACAUCUGCCACCACCUUCAAUCUUAAUCCUCUCUAUUCUUUUCCUCAAUCCAUCUUCAAGAUGAGCAACAUACCAAUAGACGAUAGUCUAAAGAAACUCUUUGACGAUAUAACACAAGGAAGAUCAGGCGAAGAUCCCGAAAGAGCAAUCCUUGUACAAAAUGACAAUGGCAUAUUACGUUUGAUCGAGUCAGCACCGGCAAAAGGAUCGGAUCGUGAAGAUUUUGAUGAUGUAUUGGGAAAGUUGUUUGCAAAUGAACCUACGAAACCAGGAUAUGCUUUAUACCGUUUAGAUUCAAAAAGCCCCGCUGGUUUAUUUGAAUGGAUUAAUUGUGCAUUCAGACCAGAAGGUGCUAAAGUUCGAGAGAAGAUGCAAUACUCAAUCACACAAGCAAGUCUAUUCAAAGGCUUGAAUGAACAACACUUCCUCGAAACAGUCUAUGGAGCAACAUCUAGAGAAUUCUCAUUCCCAUCCCGAUUACGCAAUUCACGUAAACAUGAUUAUCAAAAUCCACAAUUAUCAACAAAGGGUAAAUCAGCUUCUGAGGCUGCAGGAACAGAUGCUGGUGGCUUACGCAGAAACUUUGAAGCUUUAGCAGCAGGCUCAGGUUCAUCAAACGGAAGCAGUCCCGCUCAAGCUACAAACGCUCCAACAAAGCUGGUAGCUACUAUGCCAGACGUAGCAACAAGCGUUCAAGCAGAGCCCAAAGCUGUCCCACAAGCAUCUCCUUCGCCAUCCCCCGCUGAUCAACCUUCUGUUACAGCUGCACAAAAAAUCGAAGAGCCCUCCCAACCAGAACCUCUUCCAGAAGCUGAGAAGGAGGUCAAAGUUCCGGAGCCAGAGCCCGCACCAAAAUCAAUUGACACUGCCGUACAGGAUGAGCCAGUUAAAGAUGAGCCAACCUCAGUAAUUCCCAAGGAUGAGAAAGCUGAAGAAUGGGUGCAAGUCUCGAAGCCAACAACUGAAGCGUCAGAAUCAUCUGCAAGCGCCACAAACGAACCAGAAGAGGCAAAACCCGAACCAAUCUCGCUUGCAUCUAAGACCGCCGUCCCGGCUGUCGCCGCUGCUUCUGUCGCUACUUCAUCAGCAGCUGCAUCAUCGACAAGAGAAGAGGAGCUCAAAUCAUCCACGCCAGCAUCUACCGAUUCUCAGCAAGAGAAAGCCAUUCCAACACCCACUACGCAGAGCACGUCAAGCAUUGGUGUUGGAAAAGGAGCUGGUGGACUAGAGACUGAAAGAGAGAAGCAAUUGGCUGAAUUGAAAUCUGAAGAAUCUCGCUACAAAUCCAGUGCUUCCUCACAACAAGGCGCUGGAGGUCCUCAUACAGGAUUUGCAUGGAGUUCAGAUGUUGAUGGAGCUCUCAUUCAAUUGGCCAAAUCAGGAUCAUCAUCAGCAUCUGCAAAUUUGGUUGUGUUGAAGCUUGAUUUGAGCAAAGAGGAAGUGCAAUUGGCUGGCGAGCCACAAAGUGUUGAACCAUCUGGACUGACAACAGCGUUGAGUUCAUCCAAUGUGAAGGAGCCUAGCUAUGCAUUUUACGCACAUCCUGAACUUCAAACGUCAGAGAAUCAAGAGAGUCACCUUGCUAUCAUUUAUAUUUGCCCAGCAAGCAGUACCGUUCGCCAAAGGAUGCUGUACUCUGUCAAUUUGGCUGUUUUGUCGAAUCGAGUAGACGGAUUCGAUGGUAUAAAGAUUGUCAAAAGAACAGAGACAUCAGAUGUAGAAGAUCUAACACCGGAAUUCUUGGCCGAUGCUUUGUCUCUAAGUAGUGCUGCUGGAUCCCAGCAGAAUGGUGGCGCAAAUGCUUUCUCUCGACCAAAGCGUCCUGGUCGUCGAUGAGUUAUCAUCUCAGUAUCACUUUUUGUCUGCAAUUACUGAUCAAUAUAAUAUAUAAUCAUGGAAAGCUUGUUUGUUCUAUAAGUACAAUUGUAGAUUGGAUAGGAGGAUCAUUUGGUCCAUUGUUUACCGCUUUGCUUACGUUGUUGCGAUUUAUGUAUUGCGUGUGCUUUUUCGGAUCGUUGAUCACCUUUUUGCUUUUUGUAUUGCCGUCUUUGUCCGGCUCCAUUACCUCUAAUGUCAGCCUUGGACGCCUGCUCGGCCUCUGCAUCGCCCGUCACUUCUUCUUCGUCAUCCUCUUCCU